AUGGCGAAUAAUCUGAAACGGCGCCGGGAGGUUAGGGUUCGGCUAAGAGGCCUUCAAGCGCAAGUUGCGGAGUGCUCCAACCGCAACGAGCUGAGCAUCGGGUCGAGCAAGUUUGAGGAGAUUCUGGAGACAGCCAACAAGCUGACCACGAACCCGGGCGCGGCCUCCGACCUGAAGCUGCGCGAGAAGCUCAUGGACGCCGACGUGCUGGACGGCCUCUCGCAGGUUCUGGCGCAUUCCACGGAGGCGCUGCUGCGCCGCCACGCUGCCACGCCUGAGCAGUUCGUUGCGGCGCUCAGAGCCAAGUACCUCGUCCGCGCAGGGCUGUGCGGGCAUGGGGCGCGCGGGGGAGGCGGACGGGGGAGGGCGCGGGGAGGUGGGGAGACGGAAGGAGGGGAGGAGGGGGAAGGAGUGGGAGAAGAGGGUGAGGAGGAGGGGGAGAUGGAUUGGGCGAGGAUGGGGAGGGAGUUUGGGUUGGAGCUGGUGCGGCCUGCUUGGACGAUUGGCACCAUGCUGGGUCCCAUGGAGGCGGAGGCGCCCAAGCGCAGGGCGCAGGCAGUCAGGCGCAAGAGAGACGUGGUGGGGGCCACUGUGGUUCCUACGCAGCUGAACAAGCAGCAAGGGAAGGAAGGCGAAGCAGGAGAGGGCAGUGGCAGCAAGGAGACGGCAACGGAAGGGACAGUGAAGGAGAUGUAUCGCCGGCUCAAGAGGGCACCACGGCACCGCGUGCAGCUGCCACAGCUGCUGCUGUCGCGCACAUCCUUUGCCCACACUGUCGAGAACAUGUUUGCGCUCUCCUUCCUUGUGAAAGAGGGCCGCGUGGGACUCGCGCCUGAUCCCACUUUUGGGGCUGCCGUCGACCUUCGCCCACCCACGGAGCCCGCAUCAGGCAGCGAGCCGAAGGGGCAGUUUAUAAUGCGCCUUGACAUCAACGACUGGAAGAAACUGUGCGAGGCGGUGCCUGAUGGGUUGAGAAUAUCAACUGGCAUUGGUGCUGCUCCUCCUGGUUCUGCUGCUGCUCCUCCUGGUUCUGCUGCUGCUGGUGCUGCUGCUGGUGCUGCAGCUGCUGGUGCUGCAGCUGCUGGUGCUGUUGCUGCCGGCUGCAUGUGA